CCUCCCCAAUCUUCAGAUAGCAUCAUCAUCAUCUUCUUCUUCAACGCUUCUUCUCCUUCUUCGCAGCCCAACCAAGAGCGAGCAACAAUGGCGCUCUCCACUUUGACGCUCACCACUCCAAAACCUCACAACCCUUUGCAUGCCCUCAGUCCCAAGCCCUCCCCCCUUUCCAAGCCUCCCCCGUCUUCUUCUCCUUCUCCUCCUCCCUCCUUUCCUCCUCGCUUCUCUCGUUCUUGCUCCUCGCUUGCCACCAACGCGAGGAUGCGCGCGAGCUCGAGCUCCGCGGCGGGGAAGGCGCUCGCGCUGAACGUGGGAGUUGGGUUUUUGGCGGCGUCCGUUCUGGUUAUGAGCCCGCUGGAUGCCGACGCCACCCGGGUCGAGUACUACGCCACCGUUGGCGAGCCCACGUGCGAGCUCAGCUUCGCGAGCUCGGGGCUUGGCUUCUGCGACGUCGUGGUCGGUUCGGGCGUGGAGGUCCCUCGUGGCGAGCUUGUCAAUGUUCACUACACUGCACGAUUUGCAGAUGGCAGAGUCUUUGAUAGCAGCUACAAACGUGCUAGGUAUCUUACUAUGCGUGUUGGUGUUGGAAAGGUAAUUAGAGGACUUGACCAGGGGAUACUAGGAGGUGCUGGGGUGCCACCAAUGCAAGUCGGUGGUAAACGUAAGCUUCAGAUUCCUCCACAGUUGGCAUAUGGGCCAGAACCUGCAGGAUGCUUUUCAGGUGACUGCAAUAUACCUGCCAAUGCGACUCUCGUCUAUGACAUAAAUUUGGUGGGUAUCUACUCGGGAAAUGCAAAGUGAGGUCUAAGUCCCCUGCAUUAUAAAGUAAAUCUGAGGACGUUGAAGGUGUGUUGAGGAAUCGUACCAUUUGUGAGAUAUGGCUAGUCGAGGUCUAUGCAACAAACAAUGCUGGGGUGGAAGAGCUAGGCAAUAGUUCGAACAACUGUAUUCUAACUUGCAUUUAAGGCUAGCAAUGCCAGACACGACCCAUUUGCACGACACAUGGUGAUAUACCAAUUACAAAGGGAACAACCGAUCAUGACAUGACCCAACAUGCUUAACUUUAUAUGUUAACGUGAAAUAAUGCUUUCGCAUCGUAUUUCAAUUAUUAAGUACAUGGAAUCAAAAUUAAGAUGUUUUAGGCCGACGCAAAUUGCAAACACAAUUAUGACAUGCCAAACCAAAUUGUCAGCUGUACUUGCACUCGAGGGGUAUCUCAUUUAUUAGAAAUCUUCUUCUUGCCAGGCAAUUAGCCUUUUGUCGGCUAAUUGUCUGUUGAUUGUUAACUAAAGCUCAGUUCAAAUCAAAUGAUCAAAGUAAGUGAAGUGUUCGAGUUUUCAUUUGUACUGGAAACUAUUUUUCUUUUCCGGUUUCCUGAUCCUAAAAGCGUGCUUGGUCUAAUUGUUUUUUAUAUGUCAAAAUUUCUGCUUUUUCAUAUUUUAGGACAAGAAAAUUCUGAAAGAAAUAGAAGCUUCUUUUCAUUUUAGUUGGAAGACGAAAAAAAGCUGCAAUUGUGGGUUUUAGUUCUACAAGACUGUUCUUAAUUUAAAAACCAAAAGACAGAAAAGAGCUGCUAAUCGGUUUAUUUUUUCCAUCUGCUUGCAAUGGCCUUUCCUGUUUAAAAGUAAUUAUUGAAAACAUUGACAUUUAACGAAUUCAAUGGCAUGGUGACAUGAAAAGCCCCACGAGUGAUCUUCGGUGAUGUGGAGGAGAUCUUUGUAUGGAGUCAUACAUGACGUAUUUAGGAUUUGAUGCUGAGUUCAUUCUCCACAAAGACUCUGGAUUCACUGGAGGGCUCUAGCCCAUGAAUGAACGUGAGAGGAUGAGGUGGUUUUAUUGGCCCCCCAUUUAAUGUCAUUGGUCAUAAGUCCUGAAUAUCCAUCAAGCUACUUCCCUUGAAUUUCUAAAGCUAUUGCCUGACUGGAUGACUGAUUUGUUAAAUCUUUUAUAAUAAAGAUAUUAUUUUUCAAAGGCCUUUGGGAAAGAAAUAGCAUGUUGCACAUUAUUAUUUUGCCCACCAUUUUGACAUCGCU